UUUUCAUCUACCUGCUGUCUGUCUCUCUCCUCCGUCUUGAUUGGCCCUCUGGAGCCAAAUCGUUUUGAAUGAUUUCAAACCAGAAGACUUUGGACACAGAGGAGGAAGAGGAGGGAGGUGUUCCCUGGAAAGUGGGCAGGGUGAAAGAGGCUGAGACCUCUCAGUCCACCGAGCGCACCAUCUCAUGACAGAGUUUUUAUCCGCGGAGGAACGCUGCAGCUGACGGCUAACCGCGUACGGGCGGUGGGAUGGGGAAAGAAACGGACUGAGUUCGCUUUAACGCUCGCUGAUUUGGGCUAAAUCUCAACGUGUUUUAUUAUUAUUAUUUUUGUCCUAUCACUUGUGUGGAGUGAUGUCCAGCGAGGAUGGUGUCUAAACUGUGGGAUGCGGUGUGCUGACUGGACUCGUCGCUUGAGACUAAUAGGACCAGACUGGGAAUUCCUCGGAAUCUAUAUCUGAACGUAAACAGUAAUUACUGGAGAAAUGUGAGUAACAAGUUGUUUCUGAGGUACAGUAAGGCUUUUAUGUACCAGAUCAGAGGGGUUGGAGGGCAUUCAGCUCAUGCACAGGGUGCCAUAGCAUCACAUUAAUAUUUUCAUUAUUAGAACCAACAACAUUUUCACAUUUUGGACAAUGUGUUCGUUUUUCAACAUCCUUCCUCAGCUCAGGUUGGGUUAAUUAAGGUUCUCGCAGUAAAUUUCGAGCCACAGUAUUCACAAACUGAGAUUCAGAUUAUAGCCAUGGCUAAAAAUUCCUCUGAGGGGGCUAAGGAUGACCUGAGCCAGCUGACGGAGGAGGACCUGCUGCGGUGCAGCAAGGAGGAGCUGGUGAGGAAAUUAAGGAGGGUCGACAGCGAGAAAAUGAACUUGAUGAUUGAGCAUGGCAACAUGAUGAAAGACAUCAACCGGCGGCUGCAGUUGCACCUGCACGAGAUCAGGAAUCUGAAGGAGGUCAACCAGAAGCUGCAGGACGACAACCAUGAGCUCCGGGAGCUCUGCUGCUUCCUGGACGACGACAGGCAGAAAGGCAAGAAGCUGUCCCGGGAGUGGCAGUGCUUCGGCCGCUACACUGCCAGUGCUAUGUGGAAGGAGGUGGGUGCCUACAUGAUGAAGCUCAAGGAACUGGAGGCCAACCAGGAGAGCGUGCUGAAGGAGAACUCCGAACUAAAGGAGAUCAUCCUCAUGCUGGACGAGGAGAGGAACGGGGCAGGCUCCAGGAGCUCCAUUGACAGCCAGUCUAGCCUCAGCAACCUGAACGGGGGUGCUGGGACGGUCAGGGAUGUUGGAGACGGGAGCAGCACGUCUAGUACGGGGAGCGCCGGCAGCCCGGAUCACCACAAUCACAACCACGUACACAAACCCUCAGAAAACAGUAAGAUGCCCACUAUGAGGAGGUCAAUGGAUGAUCUGUCAGCACUGCAUCAUCACAGGAGCAUCCCCAAUGGACUCAAUGAUUCCCCCUCCAACUACAUCAGGCAGCUGGAGACGAAGGUCCGGAUACUGGAGGACGAUAACAAUGAGCUCCUCUCUCAGGCCUAUAAUCGCUAUAGUUUAUCGCAGAUACAGAUGAAAAAGCAGAGCAACCCAGGUGACCUCCGAGCCCUGAGGAAGGGAAUGACUCUGUACCACUCCGAGUCCCAGCUGUCCUCACUGCCCCAGCGCCAGGAGGCCAUGCACAUGGGCACAAACCGUCUUCCAACCAGCGAAUCGUCUCCUGCCACCGGCUACCUGUCCUGUGUCCAGAAGCCAGAGGCAGUGGUGCAUGCAAUGAAGGUUCUAGAGGUCCACGAGAAUUUGGACAAACAGCCUCCUGAAGACUACGAGGACGAUCUCAGUGAGAAAGAGAAGGCCAUCGUACGAGAGAUGUGCAACGUGGUGUGGAGAAAACUGGGUGAUGCUGCAGGAUCAAAGAUGUCCAUCAGGCAGCACCUCUCUGGGAACCAGUUCAAGGGCCCACUGUAGCAAGGCAGCUGGUGCCCCAACUCAUCAGUAUCCACAGUACCUACCCUCAACCUGGGAAAGCGUCACCUUACUAUCUACCUACACGGCCCAUCAUGCUGUGCCGAUGGCGCUCGGCUUCCCUGCAGCAAACACUCUCUUUAGGACCACUAUGAUGGCUACAGAAUGAACUAUGUAGUCUGUUAUUUACAUGCACACUCGAAAUAUACACGUUUCUUAACUGUCAAUGGUGAAGUUGAGUAAUGGCAGCUAGUUGGGCCACUUUUCGUCAGCCACAAACACACACUUGCUUUUAGCUUGUUUUUCAAGAGCAUAGCUGUGCUCUUAUGAGCCAGCAGUGCAACAUGGUUUCAAGCACAGACCCGACAAUGCCGCAGAAACUGAGAACUCCCAGCAUGUUAGGGGCCAAAAGGUCUACAAUGCAACAAAUAAAUAAUUUGGCAAAUAAAUAUAUAGGUGAUACUUGAAAUAAAAAGAUUUUCAUAAUUAUCAAUAUUUAUAUGAAUGUUUCAAUAGCAUAUUAAAUACAAAAUUAAACAAUUAAAUGAACAAUUAAAGAAUUUGUCAAAAUUAUUGAAGUAUUUAUUUUAGGAUUUCAUUUUUCUGUGCUACAGUCCAUUAUGAAAUAAUUUAAACUAAAGGAGGACCAAGAAACUGAACUCAAAAUGUCCUGCAGACAAGACCAUGAAAAAAACUGAAUAAAUAUUGUAUUAAUUACUUAGGCUUUUAAUAGGCAUAGAAUUAAAAUUUUAAUGGAUAAUUUCCACCUUUAUAUACUUAAUUUUGUAUUUUAUCAAUUAUUUUAGCAUUUAUAUAAUUAUAAAUACAUUCAUUUCAUUAAUGUAUGUAUUUCCAGUUAUCAUGCAAUAUUUACUUAACAAUCUAAUUAUUUAUUGAAUUUUGGCACUUUUUUUCCUCAAUACAUGCUGAGGGAAUGUUAGAGCAACAGUGUGGCUGAAUUUUCAGAUAACUUUUGAUAGUACCCCCUAUAGAAACCCUAUCUCCAGUUACAUGUACCCUUCCACCCCUUAAUGGUCAACAAGUAUAAUUAGGAUUAGCAUUCUAAAACGUUAACUGAAGUGAAACCCACUGUGAUCUAGCGCCUUUUGCCUGUGAGACAAGUCUAUGAAUAACUACGUCUAGGGAUCACUGUUAACUUGUGUACAAUGUGUAUAAAACCAUAGCACUACUUCAUGGUUUCUGUUGAAUUGACUUUUUCUCUGUUUUGUACAUUAGUGUGGCCAUAUGAUCAAAAUGUUCUGCUUUGAAAGCACACAGAGUUGGACCUUCCACAGGGUUUGCUUUCAGUAUUAACUGUUUAUUAUUAUUAUUACUAUCACAAUUGUUUUCCAGAUGAACCUUUAUUAUACCUUUUUGAUGUAAUCUCUGAAAAUGUCCUGAGGCCAUUUGGAUUCCACAAAUGAUUUUAUUACUUAGUGAAACAAGCUAAAACUUGUAUGCUGUGUGCAUGUCAGACAAUCAUUUACUCAGGUUGGGAGGGCGAAAGCUUUACUGUCACCAAUCUCUGAGCGUGUGUGUGUGUGUGUGUGGGGAUGUGUGUGUGGAUGUGCGUGCGUGUGUUAAUGAAGACAGGAUAGUUUUCUUUCAGCUGUAGCAUCAGGUUACAAAACGAGUAGUGAAUGCAUUUUCUGAAUCCAUGUAAGAACUUUCCAACUGCAAUAAGAUUUUGAACAUCUAACAGUAGGUCCACUAUAAUUUUAAACAGUGAAUUUUAGAAAAAUAAGCAUUUUUUUAGAUUAGACUCUGUUGUCAUGGAUUCAGCAGUUGCAUGAUUUCUUUCUAUUUUUUAAUUUUAAUCUUAGAAUCUGAGAAGUAUGUCUUCCCUUCGAUGUCUUUACACCUUGAAACUUUGUAAAAAUGAGUAUUUCUUGCCAUUCGUCAGCGUAUUUAUUACCAUGUUUAAGAUAGAGAUUGGAGAGCACACUAUAACUACAAAGUUUAGGUAAUUAUGAGAUUAGCUUGAUCCAUAAGUUUAUCAGAUAGAUGUGACCGACAGAACGGGCUCUCCCAUCUCUAGUGCCAUUUGUUCCAAAUUAGAACAUUUCCGAGGCUGCCGUUACAGACCUUUACUUCCUUAAAUUAUGUUUUAAAAUGAAAAAAAAGUUAUCAAAUGUUCAUUUUAAAGUGUCCUUUUUUAUAGGAACUGCUUUAAAGCCAUGGUACAACUUGGAAUACUUAAAAAAAAAAAAAAAAGUGGCGUUAAGUUUGAAAUGUGCCACGUUUUCUUCCAGUGUGUUUUCGAUUUGGUACCUAACUACCGUACAUUUUUUUUUAAACUUUUCUCUUUAAAGCUCCUUUUUUCCAUCUGUAUGCUAAAACCACAAUCCAGACCUCUAGAAUCUCUGGUCCAAACGUCAGUCCUGUAGCAACUAGCAUGAUGUAACUUUUUCUCAUAAAUUUCACUGAUAAGAUUAACAAUUUUCAGGUGAACAGGAAUUAGGCCUCUUUUAGAAAACUCUGGGAAAGAAAAUAAACAAGUUGCUUCAU